AUGAUUCAUGAGCAGAAACAGAUAUACGAUGAUAUUUGCGCCGCUGAGAAUCCAAGUCUUCAAGCAUCAGCGGAAUUUGCCACAAAUCAUUUCAACCCAACGAAUACUAUUACUGAUGAAAAUUCUAUGCACUGGAAAUCCAUUUUCUUUGACAAUCAGCGUAAAUACGAAAUACUGGAAGGUGAAGCUGGCAGAACUGAUUCGGAACAGCCUGCAGAAAUUACAGCUGGAUUUGUGCCCGUAAAGUCUGCUAGCGCAUUUGAAAUACAAGCUGUAGAAAAAUUAACCCCCGAAUAUUCGAGUCCCUCAAUUUCCCGCAGUGCAGAAAAUUUCUCUUUUCAUGGCUUUCACACAUUCGCAAUCCAGUCCAAAAAGCAAAUGUCACAAACCGAAAAAUUCACUACUUAUCCGGAAGUUAUUACUGGUCAACAUACUGCUGAACUGCCACGUAUGAACUCGAUGGACCCAGUUGCUGUUGUUGGAACGCAUACCGAUCCGGCUCCCGGGCCAAGUAAUGGAAUAGCUGAGUACAAGGAGGUAAAGCCGGUGGAACAAUUUAAUUUUGCCGAAUGUCAGUGUGGUUUUAUUGAAAGCAUACGUUCUCAGAAUUCGUUUUUGGAUUUCCGCAUUCAUCUUGAAAGCCACAAUCGAAAUGGUAAACACUUCUGUAACUGGCGUGGAUGUAGCGAGGAUUUUGGAGAUUACGAGUUACUUGACCAGCAUUACUUCAAGCAUUUGGCGAUUAAUCCUGAAUUGGCCAUACUCCACUGUUCGGACUGCAGUCAUUUUUUCUGGUCGCCCAGUUCGCUUACAUGGCACCGUAAAACGUAUCACAACAUAAAAGGUGAGAAAAGUUGCAAUGACAUACAUCAAAGAUGGUGCCUGCACGCGCUAUUGUGA